AUGGCGUGGAUGAUCCCGAACGAACUGUCCGAUAUCGUUGCUGUCAAGUCCUCUUUGCCAACCCCCUCUACAGAAGAAUGUUUUUACUGGCCUCAGGAGAGGCAGUGGGUACCAGAACGGCUUGUGAGGAAGCUCAAAGCCGCGGAGAAGAAGCAGUUACAGGGUGUAAAAGCCAUUGUACAGAAGGCUGCCUCAGGCCAGAGCAAGUGCCGCAAAUGUGGGGGUGCCAUUGCCAAGGGCACGCUACGUGUGGGCUACCCCACCUCAGACCCCCGCGGGGCGUACGAAGUGCUCUGCUGCUGGUUGCAUGUGGGCUGCAGCAGCGAGCUUUUUUCCAUGUUUUUACAACGUGAAGCAGAGGGAAAUCUCGUCGAUCAAUUGAGGGAAGAUUUGAUUGUUUCCUUGACCUGCUUAGAAUCAUCUGCGGGAGCAGCAGCAGAGAGAACAGCCAAGGCUGAAGUAGAGAACGGAGGGGUUAAGGCGCCACCCGUUGAAGAUCCCCCACCUGUAAAGAAGGAGGACCCACAAAUUCGCAGGACACGAGUUUCUUCAAGAUGCAGCAUUCCGAACAAAGCGGAAGAACAAGACAAAACAGACGAAAACAAGGAGGCGCCCAGUGUCGCAUCAACCGCGGCCCCUAGAAGCACUGGCUCCUCCGCGUCCGCAUCUUCCAAUGCCGACGAUGCUUCUAGCGAUUCUGGGGGCCCCACGAACUCUGGGGGACAUAAAGUGGAUAAUGAGGAUAAGAAGGAGGAAGCUCUGUCUACGCGGGAUCGUCUGCUGCUAGAAAGGUCGAGCUGCAUUAUUUCGACAGAACGUUUGUGUCUGAUGGCUGAUGAUCUCUCCUCAUGUGAACAGCACAGGGUCCAGGAAGCUCUGGCCGAAGCUGCUCGUCGGCUCUUUUUCCCAACUGAGGUGCAAGCGGAGGCACUGACCAACAAUGUCGCAGCUGAAGAAGUGAUAGAAAAACUCGUCAAGAGAGAAAUCAAGGGACGCGUAGCUUCGCCUGAAGGGUUGCUUUUGCCGCUAUUGCCUUUCCAGGAGGAGGGAUUGUGGUGGCUGACACAGCAGGAGACGUCUCAUAUUAAGGGAGGCAUCUUGGCUGAUGAAAUGGGUGAGGAACAAGCCGCAUAA